AUGAAUUCUGUUAACGAAAAAUGCCAUGAAAAAUUAUCAACUCCGAAACGUCGACGACUUGGACUACGAAAUCGCCUAAGACUGACUCAAACUUUGGCUAAGGAAGAUAACAAUUCUUUUAUAAACAGUUCUCCUGUUCAUUUACGAGUCGCUACAACGAGUCGUGCUCUUGUACCUGAUAAAUGCGAGUCACCACCUUUACCGUGCAAUCAAGUAGAAUAUUUAUGCGAUUCAGGAAACGAUGGUUCUAUAACUGAUAUACCGUGCUCUCCUGGUGUCUUUGAUUCUUGUUUUUUUAAAGAUGUAGAAAAUUGGGAAUCUUUUAUAGCUGGAAAUAAUGAUUCAUUUAAAGAUAAUAAAUUAGAAGAAGCUGUUGAUGAAAUUAAUAAUGAAAUGUUUAUAUCUAAGUUGGAACCUAGCUGUGCACAGGAACAAAUUAGUAGUAAUAUUCUAACUGGUAGAUGUGAGAAACAGUUACGAGAUGAAGUUGAGGAGAGUUUUGAUGUAUUGCAUCAGUCUAUAAUAAAUAUAAAUAGAAAUAAUGAAACAAGUACCUUAUUUGAAACAAAAGAUUCAUUUUUAUUAGAUAUAAGAGAAAGUGGUAUAAUCGCAGAACAAUCAAAUUCAAAAAAUGAAGCUUCAAAAUCAGUGGUCAAUGAAAUAAAUCAUGACGUUAAUACUUUUUAUGGAUUGCCUAUGAUUGUAAAGGGACUGUUUAAAUCAUAUAGAAAUAUCGAAAAGCUUUAUGACUGGCAGGAAGAGUGUCUAAAUUUAAAAGCGAUAAAAGAAAGAAGGAACUUAAUAUAUGCUUUACCUACAAGUGGAGGAAAAACUUUAGUGGCAGAAGUAUUGAUGUUGAGAGAGGUAUUAAAUAUAAAACAGAAUGCACUGUUCAUUUUACCAUAUGUUGCAAUUGUACAAGAAAAGAUCUGGUCCUUGUCCCCAUUUGCCCUUCAACUAGAAUUUUUAUUAGAAGAAUAUACGGGUGGCAAAGGUCACAUACCACCAAAGAAAAGGCGUAAAAAGAAUAGUAUUUAUGUUGCUACCAUUGAAAAGGGAUUGGCUUUGAUCAGAAGUUUAAUUGAGUUAAACAGAUUGAAUGAAAUUGGUUUAAUAGUGGUGGAUGAACUGCAUUUAAUAGGAGAGGCUGGGCGAGGGAGCACACUGGAAAUGUUGCUGACCACUGUGAUAUUUGCUAAUCAAGGAAUUCAAAUAGUAGGUAUGAGUGCUACGAUAGGUAAUUUACCAGAUUUAGCCAAGUUUCUUAAUGCAGAUGUAUUUGAGAAGCAAUUUAGACCUGUCGAGCUGACUGAGUAUGUGAAACUUGGUGAUACCCUGUACAAGAUACUAUGGAAUAACGGGCUAAAGAUUGUACCAGAUAGACAGUUGAAUUUUAAUUACUCGGCGGCGGGCGCGCGCCUGGACCCGGACCGGCUGGGCGGGCUGGUGGCGGAGGUGGCGCCGCGCGCGGGCGUGCUCGUGUUCUGCCCCACCAAGCGCAACUGCGAGAACGUGGCCGCGCUGCUCUGCCGGCUGCAGAGGACCGAUGUCUCAUCACGAUAUGGUGUCGGCAGCGAGAUGGCGCAGCACCGCGCGGCGGAGCGCGGCGCGCUGGCGAAGGCGCUGCGCGCGGAGGGCGCGGGCGCGGCGCAGGUGCGGGGCGCACGCGCCGGCGUGGCCUUCCACCACGCGGGGCUCGGCGCCGAGGAGCGCGCGCUGCUCGAGCAAGCAUUCAGGUCCGGCGUGAUCUCGGUGAUCUGCUGCACGUCGACGCUGGCGGCGGGCGUGAACCUGCCGGCGCGGCGCGUGGUGGUGCGCGCGCCGCGCGUGGCGCGCGCCUUCCUGUCGCUGGCCGCCUACCGGCAGAUGGCGGGGCGCGCGGGCCGCGCCGGCGUCUGCGAGGCGGGUGACAGUAUAAUAAUAUGCGAUGCACACGAGUGGCCUCAGCUGCGCGCCGUGUUGGGCGGCGGGCUGGCGCCGGUGCGCUCGGCGCUGGCGCGCGGCGCCACGUCGCUGGUGCUGAGCGCUGUGGCUUUGAAAAUGGCCACCAGCGUGGCCUCGCUGCGUCGCCUGCUGGCGGCCACGCUGCUCGCUGUGGCGCCGGAAGACCCAUCAACAAACAUAGAUCAAGUAUGCGACGAUGCUAUACAGUCGUUGAUAAAGAGCGAAGCUCUCGAAGUAGUGGGUAAAGCCAACCCUGAGAGUGGAGAUUUUGAGCUCGCGGUCAGUACUUUGGGGUUAGCUGCUAUAAAAGGGUGUAUGGAGCUGAGCACAGCAAAACAGCUAGUGGAGGACAUGGAAGUGGCGUCCAGGAGCCUGGUGCUGCUGGGCAGCCUGCACCUGCUGUACCUGGUGGCGGCGCCGGACUCCGGGAUUAGGCCGGAUUAUAGGCAAUAUUAUUCUUUGUAUUGCGAGUUGGACGAGGAGGGUGUGCGGACGGCUAAAGUGCUGGGCAUUACGGAAAUGAACGCCAUCAGAAUGAUGACCGGCAAACCCAUCACGAAUGUUCCAGAAAGCGUGUUGUGCAGGUUCUAUUUGGCUUUGAUACUUCGCGAUCUCUGCAGGCAGGUGCCAUUCCCGACGGUGGCUGAAAAGUACGGCGUGGGCGUGGGCACGGCGCAGGCGCAGCUGGCGGCGGCGGCGGCGCGCGCGGCGGCGGCGGCGGCGCUGUGCGACGCGCUGCGGCGCCCCGCCUUCGCCGCGCUGCUGCGCGACCUGGCGCCGCGCCUGCGCAGCGCCGCCGCGCCGGGCCUGGACUUGCUUAUGGAGCUGCCUGCUGUUAAGAAGGUUCAUUUCAUAUCAAUAAUAAUAUAUGAAACGUAUGUGUGCGAGCAGGCGCGCGCGCUGCAGCUGCUGCGCGCGGGCUACAGGAGCGUGGAGGAGGUGGCGCGCGCCGCGCCCGCGCGCCUCGCCGCUGCGCUGCCGCACCUCUCGCGCUCCGCCGCCGAGCACCUCGUCAGCGCCGCUAAAGUAAUGCUCAUCGAAAAGGUUGAAAAUUUACGUGCAGAGGCCGAGGACGUCAUGGAAGGUUUAAACUUG